UUAGCAAACGUAUUCAUAAAAUGCAAGCCUGCCUAAAUGAAAAAGAACCAGCUGUGGCUAUUUGUAGCGUUGUAAACGGCUUAUUUAUCUUUAUAACUUUACAAAUUUUUCAACAACUUACAUUUGCUUAGUAUUGUCUAAAAAAUGUCUUUAGUUUCCUAUGCUGCCAGUAGUGAUGACGACUCCGACGACACCAAUGAAGAAGAUUUCGAUUCAAGUACAAAAAUCAAGGAGAAAGCUGCUCCGGUGACUACUACACUCAGCUCUAAAAUAACCAACGACACAAUAAGUGACGAUGAGGACGACUAUGCGCCCACAGAAUUUACGGAAAUACCUAAUCCAAUUAAAGAUUCAGGGAUUAUUAAAUUGCUAACGCAUAGUCUUUCUCUACCUAAACCGAAAAAUACGACUGAUUUAAAAACCCCAGACGAAAAAUUGGAAGUGAGGCCUAAAUUCUCCAAACUACCAUUACCUAAACACAAAGUAGAACUAAAUGUAGUUAUUGAAGAGGACGACGAAUUUCUGUAUAAAAAAGCUAUCUUACCCGUCGAAGAGGUGAAGCCGACGAAACCUUUAUUUGUACCGCCCAGUAAAGGACCUGUUAAGAUAACUGUACCAUCAUUAAAAGAAUUUAGUGACGUAGAUAAGGAUAUAGCAGCCAAAGUAAAGAAGCCUCUACUUGAUGAGCAAAAAAAAUCUGGUUUGCUGGCAAUGUUGCCGCGUGCAAAAUCAGAGCAAAACUUUAGUAAAGCUAUUGCUACAGAGAGGCCGAAACCUACAACAGUUAGUCGUCUUAUUCCAGACACAGUGAAAAACCAACGUCCUGCUCAUAAUACAGAGGGCGUUGAUGGUAUGAAAAAAGUAAUUAAGAAAACGAACAAGACAAUGGGUAAAUCCAAACCAUCAUUGGUCGAUUGUAGCGAUAGUGAAGAAAGUGGUGAUGAAGCCGAUGAUUUCUUUUCUCUUAAUUCCGAGGAUAAGCUGCCUGAGGUUAGCAUGAAUGAAAUCAAUACUAUGGUAGCGGAACGCGCUGCUAAAAUGGCUAAUGCAGCUACUCCGUUCUUAAGCAAAGUUGCUGAACAUGAACCAACUGAUGUCGAAAUACAGAACGAACGACUCUUGGCAGAAAAUCAACAAGUUGUAUUAGACCAGACGGCGUUGCAAGCGCUGGCUGGAAGUAAAGCAAAACGAAGAAGAAAAGAGGAAAACAUUGAAGUGGUGGACAUUUCUAGUGCCGAAGUACUCCCAAGUAGAGAGGAAUGGAUGCGUACAGCUUUGGCUUCCUCCACUGCUUAUCAACCGACUGGUGUUCUGGUUGAUGAAGAACCGGUAGCUGGCACUCGGCGAAAGCAUCAAAUAACUUACCUGGCUCAUAAAGCGAAAGCCAACGAAGCUGAACUGCAAGCAAUGUGGUCCGCAAAUCGUCAAACCAGGCGGGCAACCCAGAGCAAAUAUGGUUUUUAAGAUUUCAUUGAAUUGUUUAUAUUCACCAUAGUGCAUAUUUUUACUUAAAUAUAAACUACGAAAAACAUAAA